AUGGGUAGCCUCAGGGCCAUGAAAAAAUCUGAAGCCGUGGUUGUAGACAUUGGCACAGGUUACUUCAAGUGUGGCUUUGCAGGGGAGAUGCAGCCCUCCUAUGUUGUUUCACCUACAGCUCCUAAGCCCAUGCAUGAAACUGGGAGCCAUCAAAAAGAAACUUUUGUUGGGAGAGAGCUUCAGAACAGAUGGUCAGCACCUACCAGCCCAGUAAGACAUGGCAUAGUGGUGGACUGGAAUUGUGUCCAAGAUACUUUGGAGUGCAUUUUCCACACUCAGAUGAAGAUUCAGCCAGAAGACCAUGCUGUUCUGGUGUCAGUGCCUCCUCUGUGUUCCAUUGCUGACAAGGAGAGAUACGCUGAGAUGAUGUUUGAGGGACUUCACGUGCCUGUCCUCUACCUUGCCUACCAGUCCCACUUAUCCAUGUACUCUUAUGGAAAAACCUCAGCUUUUGUGGUAGAAAGUGGCCACGGUGUUUCACACGUUGUUCCCAUCUAUGAAGGUUAUAUCAUAUGUAGCCUUGCUAGGAGAGUGGAUUAUGCUGGCUUGGACAUCACACGUUAUCUCAUGAAAUUGGUAAAUGAGUCUGGAAAUGUUUUUACAGAACACCAGCUGAACAUCGUGCAAGAUCUCAAAGAGAACUGCUGUUACACUUCUCUGGACCUGAGACAGGAUUUGAAUUUACCUGGUGAUAGACAACAAAUGGAUUACAGGCUGCCAGAUGGACACCUCCUCACUCUAGGCAAGGAGAGAUUCCUUUGUGCUGAAGCACUCUUCCACCCAGCCUUACUUGGGUCACAGCAGUCAGGGCUUUUGGAGCUAACAGCCACCUGUCUCAGGAACUGCCACCAUAACCUCCCCAAAAAAAUAGCAGGAAACAUCCUGCUCUGUGGGGGGAGCACUAUGAUGAAGGGCUUUGCUGAACGCUUCCAGAUGGAACUGGCCAGGUUAUGCCCCAGUGACAACCUUACCAUAUUCGCUUCCCCUCAAAGAAAGUUUUCUGUCUGGACUGGUGGGUCUAUUCUGGCAUCACUCCACUCUUUCCAGGAGCUCUGGGUUUCCAGGAGUGAAUAUGAAGAAGGUGGUCCUUCCUGCAUUCUUAGGAAGUGCUUCUGA